AUGAAGGCAAACGCAGUGGAGAAGAAAAAGAAGAAAAAGUUGCAGUCAGUGGGGGGGGAGGCCAAGGGGGCGGAGGGCGAUGGGCUGGAAAAUGAAAAGAGGAAAGCGUCCAUUCAGAACGGUAAAAACGAAACCUUCACGCGAUUUCUGUUCCCGAAAAACCCGAGAGCGUUCGCCAACCUGGUCGAGUUUUCCUUUUCGAAUGAGGAGUUCACGUCGGUGGAUCAAGUGGACCACACCGUCUUCCACCUGGACAUGCAAUCGUGCCUGGUAAUGCGGGACAGCGACGAGGGGAGGAAGCAGGUAGAGUUGGUGAAGAAGAAAAUAGAAAAGGCUAACUCCUUUACGGUUUUGAAGGACAACGACUACGUCUACCAUAAGCCCAAGAACUGCUUCGACUACAUCGACAGAUACGCGCAGACGGUCCCUGUCUCCUUCAAGGACGAAGCGACCAAGACGGAGCCGCAGGAAAUAAACGAAAUCUGCGACACGGUUUGCCAGUCCAUAAUCUACGACGCGUACCUGCACGAGUUCCAGAAGGUCUCCAACGAGGAAGACAAGGAAAAAGACAGGUACAACGAAAACGCAAAAGACGAAGACGACCGGGGGAAGAAAUACGACUCAAGUGGAGACCUCGGGUUGGAUGCAGAUUCGGAUGUGGGUUCAGGCAACCUCUCCGAUGAUGCGAAGUUUGCGACGGUUUUGUUUUCGUCAGGUGGCUCGAGUGAGGAGGACUCGGACGCGGUGAGUGAGGACGACACGGGAAGUGCAGACGGAGGUAGUUGGAAGAGCUCCUCUGCGGGGGACUACGAUGUGGAGGAGGGGGAGCACGACGGUGGGAGUGACGAGCAGUUGGCUGAGCGGGGUGGGGAAAACCCGGAUGAGGGUGUUGGCGAUGGAGUUGGAGAUGGCGUCGGCCUUGGCGAUGUACCGGUUGCCGUCGCGGUUGGAGAGACGCACGGGGGGGCCGCAGAGGCAGAAGAACACGGAGGAGACCUACUGAAGAAGGGCCACAACAACGACGCGAAUGGCGCAGCAGACGCUCAGGACAUCGCAGCGGGAGCCGAGAAGGCAGACGAGCCCCUUGAAAAGGGAAAGACAGCCACGAAAGGGGCACCCAAAGGGAAGGGGAAAAUUGGCGAAAGGAACAACACACGACAGGGCCCCGCGAAAAGCGGAACGAAAAAAAAAAAAAAAGAAUCGUUCAGUGGGAAACAUGAAUUGUAUUUUAUUAACUACAAAGACAUGAAGGAGAAAAUACAUAAAGAGUUAAACUUCAUUUAUAAAGAUGAAAAAGUAAAAAAAAGUGAUGAAAAAAUUUUGCAGAAAAAACGUUUUUUAAAAACAUUAAAAUUGAUGGAUAGGAUAUACAACAAGAAUAAUGAAGAGGAAAUUUAUUUAAAUUACAAAAGUGAAAUGAAUAAGAACAUUUUGACGAAGCUGUGGAUUUUUUCCCUUCCCUUUUUCACCCAAUUAAUCGUUACGGACAUCAAAUUUCAUCCCUUUUAUGAAGAUUUAUUUGCCAUGUCAUUUAAAAAUAGCGAUAUAAAAAUUAAUACGGGGAUAUUAAGUUGCUAUUCUUUCAAAAAUACAAAAAGUCCUGAACAUGUUUUGAAAACGGAUUUCCCCAUUUACUCCAUCGAGUGGUCAGCAGUAAACCACUCAGUUAUUAUCAUCGGGCUGUCCAAUGGAAAUAUAUGCAUUUAUGAUUUAAAAAAAAAAAAAAAUGAACGACUGAUAUUUGAAAGUAACAUCAAACAGAUAUACAACAGAGAUAUCAUCUCGCAGAUUUCUUUUGACAGAAAAAAUAAAUCUUUUUAUUCCAUUUCGUAUGAUGGGAAUAUGUUUUGUUGGAAGUAUAAUAACAAAUUUACUGUGGGGGAUAAAUUACUCACGUUGAAAAAGGACUGGGAUGACGAUUUUAAGGACCCUCUUAACUUUGUUCAGACGCAAUCCAUCACGUGCAUCGAUUUCAAUCCCUUUCAGAAGAACCUCUUUCUCAUUGGGACCACCAAGGGGAAGAUAUACCUCUACUCCAGCACCUUCUCCGACAAUCAUCUGCGGCUGUAUAAUGAGCACUCCAUGUCGGUGAACGCCGUUUCUUAUAACCCGUUCAGGCGCGGCAUCUUCAUUUCGGCCUCCUACGACUGGACCAUCCGCAUAUGGGACCAGGCGCGCCCCCGCUCGCUCCUCGUGCUGGACAUCAAGGAGUGCGUGUACGACGUCCGCUGGAGCCCCAUCGUGUCGACGUGCUUCCUCGUCAUCAGCUCGGACAGCCACGGCCACCUCCACAUCUACGACCUGAGCCUGGACAUUAACAAAGCCAUCAUCACGGAGGUGAUUACGAGAAAGAAGAAGCUCCGCAAGCUCUGCGUAAACCAGUUCAACGAAGUCAUCCUGAUUGGAGACGAAAGCGGGCUCCUUCACUCUUACAAGGUGUCCUAUGCCUUUAACGCGUCGUAUGUGGACUACCUGCGGGGCAAGCUGGGUCGCUCCUUCCAGGUCCAAAUGAUGAAUUCGUUCCUCACCAAGGUGCAGUAG